GUAUUAAUUCGAAUCAUCUUUUCGCAAAUACGUAAAAGUGUAUUAAUAGUGCGCAAAAAUAGCAAACUCCUUGGACUUUCAGCACUAUCAUUGUUAAAACAUCGAGGUCGUUCAUAUCACUAGAAUCGCCACUUGUGAAAAUAUUUGGUUCCGUGAAUGGCGACUUCAGCCCACAGUAAACAAGAUAAUUUACUAAUUCCGGAAAUAAAAGCAAAUAUUGUACAAACUGCGGCUGUGGUUAUAAAGAAAAUAAGCAAUACAUCGUUAUGAAUCUACGCCAAUAUAUAACUAGUCUAUUAAUAAAUUAUAUACAACUAGUAAUCAGGAAGAAAGUCGAAAAAACCCACAUACAGCUUCUGGUUCAAACACAUACGAGUAUUACGAUUCUUUCAAAGCAAGGUUGAGAUGGUGAUUUAUACCUCAAUAAAAAAAGGAGCGUUGAUGAGGAAUAAUAAGAAUCGAAUUAGGAAGGUAGGUAUAAACUUGUGAUUUUUUUCCAACUGGAAAUUCCUAUCAAAAGCCAUCCGGUCAAGCAAGGUCCGUUAUCGCGGUUGUGUAAACGAUACACGACAACAACUUGCCACCGCUGUGAAAGAGUCCCGCGCGCCACAACGCGAACACGUCCAUGACUCCCAUGCUAGAAUCGAAUAAACUGCGACGAACCACGGAGUGAACCACCUUGUUUGUACCGAAUCAUCUUCAUUACCUAGCCAGACAUGUUGAAACUGUUUAUGUAUCUUUGCUGCGCGGUUAUACUGCCGUACCAUGUGAGGCUAGAGUCGGACUUGGGCUUUCCGGAACAAGAACAUCUCGACAUAGAGCGCAACAAAACUAGAAUACCGCUUUACAUACCCGGAAAAUGCCAACCCAAUCAAUUGCUCUAUCCUGGUGACCAAAAAACGGAUUGGAUCUGCGAUUGUAAGCCAGGUUACUUGUAUUAUGCACCAAUGGACGGCUGCUACGAGGCAUUCCGGCAAGGUCCGUGCGCGAUCAACGAGUACCUGACACUUCCAAGCGGCGAAUUCAAUCCGAAAUGUACAGUAAAUCCGUGCAAAACAGACGGAUACGCUUUAUAUAAUAAUACAUGCCACCAGCUUAAUAAACCAGGUGGACCUUGUAAUCUGCAAAAAGGCGAUGGUGUUUUCGGGGUGGACAGUUCAACAUUAUCACUGGGUUGUAUCAAAGGCGCUGAUCGUAUAUCUAUGAUUCUACCAACUAACGAUUGCCCGCCAGGAAGUCAGCGAAAUCGGAAUGGGUGUAAACCAUAGUAAUUAAUACCGCGUAUCAGAUUGAUCAAUCACAGAAUACAAACAACAAUCACACUGCCUUGACCAUUCAACACUUAAAUUCAGAAUUCAAAGAAAGACUUACCGACUUUAUGACACUUCAAACGAGAAAGUUGUAAAAUUAUUAAUAGCGUUGCAUGCAAUACACAAUGUCACGUUGUAAGAAGAGAAGCGUUAGCAUUAGGAAAACAAACAGCGGCUCACUACACUGUGCCGGCGAUGCGUGCUGGUCAUGCUAGCAUACAUAUUUCAAUCUACAAUAGAGCAUGAAUGCGUUGAGGCAUAUAUGUGACUCACAACAACAUAAACAAGUUCAUAUCGUUGCUGGAAAUGGUUGGAAUAAUCGACCUUCAAUAUGUGUGCAAGCAUCGCAGGAAUUUAAGUAUUUCGUUAACUGAGAUUUGUAUGCUUGGUUGCAUAUAAUUCUGACUGUCAUGUGCUUUUAUAUGAAUUUAAUAAAUCUGGACAAUGAGUUUGUGUAAA